AUGUCUGAAGAGGAGGCCCAAAAGCGGCCAUACGUGUCUGAUGAGCCAAAGGAAGCGCAACAGCCCGCUAAAAAGCAGGAUACACGCGGUAUUGCGCAUAUCAAGCCCGAAUACAUCGUAACGAAUGCCGCACGCGCGCCAACACCAGCAGCGCCGGGCGCAGAGGAGGAGGAGCCCGUGUCUGACCGAAUUGCAGACAGUUCUGGUGGGAAAAAGGGCAAGAAGAAAAAGCAGAGAGGUCAGAACAAAAACCGUGACAAUCGCCAAGUCAAGGAGCAAUACCAGCUGUGUUCGAAAUUGGUGCAAGGAUCUGGCAACGGUGAGUGUCCCUUCGGAGACCAAUGUCGGUACAUCCACGAUAUCGAUGUUUACUUAUCGCACAAAAAACCUGAAAUCACAUGCGAGUACUUCCAAGCUUGCCCGGUGUUCGAGUCACUAGGAUACUGCCCCAUGGGGUUCAAAUGCAGAUUUCUAAGCACGCAUGUUGAGAAAGACACUAGGGAACUCGUCACAAAGCCGCAAGACGUCCGCGAAAAACUUUACGAAGCAAACAGGGAGAUCAAUGUCAUUGCUGGCGACAAAAAACUGGAUCUGAUUAAGAGACGAUUCCCAUUUGAGAAGAGUGAUUAUGUGCUGGAGAUCAUAGACGCCAUUCAGCAAGAAAACAGGGACAACAUGAAGGAGCAACAGAAGGAGAGCGAAAAGCCAGCCGCUGAAUCCGAUGCCAAAGUCGCGCCCCAAGUGUUGCAAAGGGAGCGUGAGUUGCAAGAACGCCGACAACGCCAGAAAGAUCUAUACCUAGAGUUCAAAGACACGCGCUAUUUCGCACAGGAAAAGAAACCUCUCGAUUUGCACGGCAAGAAAAUCGUCUCGCCGCUUACAACUGUUGGAAACCUACCUUACCGCAGGCUGAUGCGGAAGCUCGGUGCGGACGUCACGUAUUCGGAGAUGGCUUUGGCAGUGCCGUUGAUCCAAGGGACCAACUCCGAAUGGGCGUUGCCCAAGGCGCAUGUGAGCGAGAGCCCCGGUUUUGGUGUCCAAAUUGCAUGCUCCAAGGCGUGGCAGGCGGCAAAAGCCGCCGAGGCCAUCGCCGCGCAUGUGGACGACGUGAGCGAAAUCAACCUGAACUCAGGCUGCCCCAUAGACCUCCUGUACAGACAGGGCUCUGGAAGCGCGCUCAUGGACAAUCCAGCGCGCAUGAUACGCUGCCUGAACAGCAUGAACUACGUGUCUGGCGACAUUCCGGUGAGCGUCAAGAUCCGGACCGGGACGCGGGACGGCCACCCGGUGGCAGAGAGUCUGGUGAAGCGAUUGGCCCAGGAGACGGACGUGGCAGCCAUCACGUUGCAUGGCCGUUCGCGCCAACAGCGCUACACGCGGAGCGCGGACUGGGCGUACGUGAGUGAGGUCGCGCGCUCGCUGAGAGACACCGAGGCGGAACUGCAGGAGAAGCGCAAGGACGCGCGCGAGUCGCCGCGCCGUAUCCAGUUCGUGGGCAACGGCGACGUGUACAACUACGAGGAAUGGUACAAGCAUCUGGAAGACAAGAACAUCGACAGCGUGAUGGUUGCGCGCGGCGCGCUGAUCAAGCCGUGGAUUUUCGAAGAGGUGGAAGCGCAACAGCAUCUCGAUAAAAGCAGCACGGAGCGGCUGGAGAUCCUCAGGCAGUACGCGCAGUUUGCAAUGGACCACUGGGGCACCGACGAGUACGGCAUCUCUCUGUGUCGUCGUUUUUUCUGCGAGUUCAUGUCGUUUUUCCACCGCUACAUCCCGAUGGGCAUCUGCGAGCGGUACCCGGUGCAGCUCAACGAGAGGCCGCCGCAAUGGCGGGGGCGCGACGACUUGGAGACGCAGCUGGGCAGCACAGACGUGAGGGACUGGAUCAAGCUGAGCGAGCUCUUUUUCGGCAAGACCGACGACAACUUUGCGUUUUUGCCCAAGCACAAGAGCAACUCGUAUGCGUAG